UCCAAGAUUAUUUUAUUUAUAAAGAAGACUUCAUUUGUGGAGCUCAAACAACUAAUCAGUUAACCAAUUCGGUCUGCAAGAAACUCGUGGUCAUAAAACGCUUGGCAGCCAGAAAAAGACAGAAAAAUAAUCAUUGCAUCUUGAAGAGUGUCGAUCAAGACUUAAAGUUGCCACGUUGAAUUGUCGAUUUGGUGUAAAUUAGGACCUUAUAUGGGAACGUGUUGGAGUUGGUUCUUCUGUCUCCUGAACCGCAGUAUUUGGCAUAUGGGUGGGUUUGCAAUAACAUCUUAUCCCAUUUGUGGAACAUAUUGAAUGAUAUACGAAUUAAACACACUUCUUUGACACUCCUUUUAUCUAUCUAUCUAUUAUUAUUUUAUAUAUAUAAGCACUGUUAUGGGAGUCUCUUUCUCCAUCAAAGAGACGCAGAGAAACAAAAUGAGCAAUCAUCAAACUGUAAAGCAGGUGUUGAAGCAAUUGGAGCCAUGGUGUGAACUUAAAGACAAAGUGGUUCUUGUUACAGGAGCUUCUUCUGGUAUAGGAAGAGAGAUAUGUCUUGAUCUGGCCAAAGCUGGAUGUAACAUUAUUGCAGCAGCUCGUCGUGUCGAUCGACUCAACUCUCUCUGCUCCGAAAUCAACAGUUAUAAUAAUGCAACUGGACUCCAAGCCGCAGCUCUUGAGCUUGACGUUUCAUCAGAUGCAGCUACCAUUCAAAAAGCCGUCAAGGUAGCUUGGGAAAUCUUUGGAAAGAUUGAUGUGUUGAUCAAUAACGCCGGAAUCAGAGGUGAGGUCAAGUCGAGUUUGGAUGUAUCAGAGGAUGAAUGGGACAAAGUCUUCAGGACCAAUUUAACCGGACCAUGGUUAGUCUCCAAGUACGUGUGCAUUUUGAUGCGUGACGCUAAACGCGGUGGCUCCGUGAUAAACAUCUCAUCGAUCGCCGGGCUUCACCGCGGGUUGUUGCCCGGUGGACUCGCAUAUGCUUGUUCCAAAGGUGGAGUUGACACCAUGUCGAGAAUGAUGGCACUUGAGUUAGGUGUUCACAAGAUCAGAGUAAACUCGAUCGCACCGGGGCUUUUCAAGUCAGAGAUUACUGAAAGUCUUCUGCAGAAAAAGUGGAUGAAGAACGUGACCGAGCGGACUGUCCCGUUAAAGGAGCAACAAACUGUGGAUCCUGGGCUUACCUCUCUUGUUCGCUAUCUCAUUCAUGACUCUUCUCAAUAUGUGUCCGGGAACACAUACAUUGUGGAUUCCGGAAAUACUUUGCCCGGUGUGCCCAUUUUUUCAUCUCUCUGAAAUUUUGUGCAAUAAUAAGUGAAAACAUUUAUACAUUCUCUACUAA